GGGGGAUUUGCUGGGCGGUUUGACUGUAGCCGUAAUGGUGAUCCCUCAAGGCAUGUCCUACGCUGUCUUGGCCGAGCUGCCUCCUGUGUACGGACUCUUCUGCGCGGUGUCCGGCCCCCUCGUCUACACCUUCCUAGGCUCCUCCCGGCACAUCUCCAUAGGUCCCGUCGCCCUGGUUUCUUUGAGCCUGCCCCGCGUCUACGACGUGCUGUACCCUGACCUUUUAUCGCUGCCAGAAGAGGAGGCCAGUGCGGUACGCGUCCACGCCGCCCUGUCCAUAGCCUUCGUUUCCGGCGUCAUCCUGUCCGCCCUCGGACUCUUCCGCUUGGGUCUGAUCGCGCAUCUCAUUCCUCCGGCGGUCAUGGUGGGCUUCACCAACGCCGCCGCACUAGCUAUAGGUGUGAGUCAGAUCAAGGAGUUGCUGGGGCUCCAGGGGGUCCCUCGCUUUGACUACACCUGGCAGUCGGGCUGGUACGUGUUGCGGCACUUAGGGGAUGGCCAAGCAGCUUCAGCAGGUGUGGGUCUGGGGUGCAUUGUUUUCCUGCUCGCCGCGAAACAGCUCAGAAAAAGAUUCAUGCAGCGUGCUUCCCCCGCGGGAACGGGUGUGCCACGGCGCUUCCUGUCUGUGCUGGAAGCCAUGUACCCCCUCCUUAGCCUGGUCCUGGUGAUCGUCACGUCCCUGGUCGCCCGCCUUCUCCUGAGUCGAGGGGUGGAGAUCAUUAUUGUCAAAAAUGUGCCCGCAGGCUUGCCCUCCCCCGGAGCCCCCCGGUUGGAUCGGUUCUGGACCAUCGUGGAGCACAGUCUGGGCGUUGUUUUGGUGGCCUUUAUGGAGGCCUAUGCCGUGGCCAAAAAAUACGCCCUUCAAGAAGGCUACCAUCUGAAUGUCAAUCGAGAGCUCCUAAGUCUAGGCGCCGCCAACCUAGGCGCUUCAUUUUUUUCUUCCUACCCUGUGUCAGGCUCCUUCUCUCGGAGUGCAGUCAGCUAUUCGGCUGGAACGCAGACUCAGCUCGCCAAUGCCAUCAGUGCGGUCUGUGUGAUGAUGGUCCUUUCCUUUUUCGCGCAAUUCUUCUAUUACCUUCCCCGCGCGACUUUGGGUGCUAUCAUCGAGGUAGCCCUCCUCAAUCUUUUGGACUUUGAGGGCAUGAGAAGGGAGUAUCGGCGGUCCAAACUCGACGCAAUCGUAGCUUUCGUCACAUUUGCAAUCACCCUUGCAUUUGAUACAGAGCUGGGUCUCCUGGGAGGGAUCUCGGCGUCCGCUCUUCUCGUGUACUGGAUGCCGCGAGGAGGGGCGUUUAUCAUUCGCCUUUAUGUCAGACCCAGGUUCAGGAGACAUGACAAAUGUAGUAUAUGUGUCAUAGAUCUACCUCGCUUGCUUCUUUCUCCAACCUGGGCUCAACGUCGGCUUACGGACUAUUUGAAAUCUGCUCGACGGUCUGGAGGCGCCGCAGGUAUGCUCGUGAUUUUGUCCUGGCACGAGAAAUGGAAAGAUGAGGAGAAGUCUGGCAGAGAUGACAAAGUUUCGUGGGAGGCCAGGAGGAGGACUGGUCAAAUGGACGAGAACCGUGUCCAGGCGAUGAUCCAGCGGGCAAUGGAGGCGGCGGAUGCCGCAGGAGUGCCGCGAGAGAUGACGACAAUAGUGGGGCUGCCACUGCCGGGCAAAAGC